AUGACAAAGACAAUGUUGGUUAUGUUCUUCAGUAGCCUUUUGAUUUGCUCACUGUUUACACAAAAUGUUGAUGCCGGAAUGAUCGGAAAUGGUGCAAUGGGAAGAAACCCCAUCACAUGUAACAAAAACAAUCCCAAGUGUAUCCCCGCUCCGGCCAACCCAUAUAAUAGAGGAUGUGGGUCAAUAGAGAAGUGUCGCAACAAUGGAGGUUCCAGCCCACCCGUGCACAAGGGGGUGUGA